AGUCUCGAAACACUUAGAUAGGGUUUUACAGAGGAAGAAGAUGCCGAGAGAGAUAAUUACGCUGCAGGUUGGACAAUGCGGGAACCAGAUCGGUAUGGAGUUCUGGAAACAGCUUUGCCUCGAGCACGGCAUCAGCAAAGAUGGUAUUCUCGAGGACUUCGCUACUCAGGGAGGUGAUAGAAAAGAUGUGUUUUUUUACCAAGCUGAUGACCAACACUAUAUACCUAGAGCUCUACUUAUUGAUUUGGAGCCUAGAGUUAUCAAUGGCAUUCAGAAUGGUGAAUACCGGAAUCUUUAUAAUCAUGAGAAUAUCUUCCUUUCCGAUCAUGGCGGUGGUGCUGGUAAUAACUGGGCCAGUGGAUAUCACCAAGGGAAAGGUGUUGAAGAGGAAAUCAUGGACAUGAUUGAUCGAGAAGCUGAUGGAAGUGACAGUCUUGAGGGUUUUGUUCUUUGCCACUCUAUUGCUGGAGGCACUGGCUCAGGUAUGGGGUCUUAUUUAUUGGAGACUUUGAAUGAUCGUUAUAGCAAGAAGUUGGUUCAGACAUACAGUGUAUUCCCCAAUCAGAUGGAAACGAGUGACGUUGUUGUCCAGCCAUACAACUCACUGUUGACGCUGAAGCGGCUUACGUUAAAUGCUGAUUGUGUUGUUGUUCUGGACAACACUGCAUUGAAUAGAAUUGCUGUGGAGCGUCUACAUCUGACUAAUCCUACUUUUGCUCAGACGAAUUCUUUGGUGUCAACUGUGAUGUCUGCUAGCACAACAACAUUGCGUUAUCCAGGAUACAUGAAUAAUGACUUGGUUGGCUUGCUUGCAUCUUUGAUCCCAACACCAAGGUGUCACUUCCUCAUGACUGGAUAUACACCAUUGACUGUUGAGCGUCAGGCAAAUGUUAUUCGCAAAACUACUGUGCUGGAUGUUAUGAGGAGACUUCUACAGACAAAGAAUAUCAUGGUUUCGUCUUAUGCUAGAAACAAAGAAGCUAGUCAGGCAAAGUACAUAUCAAUAUUGAAUAUAAUUCAAGGAGAAGUCGAUCCCACUCAGGUGCAUGAGAGUUUGCAGAGGAUACGAGAAAGAAAGCUUGUUAAUUUCAUUGACUGGGGACCUGCAAGCAUACAGGUUGCUCUUUCCAAGAAGUCGCCGUAUGUUCAAACUGCUCAUCGGGUCAGUGGUCUUAUGUUAGCAAGCCACACUAGUAUCAGGCACCUUUUCAGCAGAUGUUUGAGCCAAUAUGACAAAUUGAGGAAGAAGCAAGCUUUUCUUGACAAUUACCGAAAGUUUCCCAUGUUUGCUGACAAUGAUCUUUCAGAGUUUGAUGAAUCAAGGGACAUAAUUGAGAGUUUGGUCGAUGAAUAUAAGGCCUGUGAGUCUCCAGAUUACAUCAAAUGGGGAAUGGAGGACCCUGGACAGCUUAUGACUGGCGAAGGCAAUGCUUCAGGAGUUGUGGAUCCUAACUCUUCCAAUCUUGACUCCGCCACUCAGAAGCCAAGAAUUUCUACCGAAAACCCAGCACCUCCUCCUCACAUAGGCAUAGAUGUCCCCACCACCGGUGACGCUGCUCUGUCUCCGGCGAGAACCGUCAACCAAUUCAAGAAAAUUGCGGCACUGCCACUAGUUUUCCUGAUAUUCUACGAGGUCUCAGGCGGUCCGUUUGGGAUUGAGGAUAGUGUGAAAGCAGCAGGACCAUUGUUAGCCAUUGUUGGAUUCAUCGUCUUCCCGUUCAUAUGGAGUAUCCCUGAAGCACUUAUCACCGCUGAGAUGGGAACAAUGUUCCCUGAGAACGGUGGUUACGUUGUGUGGGUCUCUUCAGCCUUGGGACCUUAUUGGGGUUUUCAACAAGGUUGGGUUAAAUGGCUAAGCGGCGUUAUAGACAACGCUCUUUAUCCGAUUCUUUUCCUCGACUAUCUGAAAUCCGGAAUCCCGAUUCUCGGUAGUGGAAUCCCUCGAGUCGCUGCGAUUUUGGUGUUGACUGUAGCCUUGACUUACUUGUACUACAGGGGUUUAAGCAUUGUCGGUGUAGCAGCUGUUCUUCUCGGCGUUUUCUCGAUCCUUCCGUUUGUGGUGAUGUCUUUCAUGUCGAUUCCAAAGCUUAAGCCUUCGAGAUGGCUUGUGGUUAGCAAGAAGAUGAAAGGUGUUGACUGGAGCUUGUAUCUCAACACACUUUUCUGGAAUCUCAACUAUUGGGAUUCGAUUAGUACUCUUUCGGGCGAAGUGGAAAACCCGACUAAAACGUUACCAAGGGCUCUGUUUUAUGCUCUGGUUCUUGUUGUGCUAUCUUACAUUUUUCCGGUUUUGACCGGGACAGGAGCUAUAGCUCUUGAUCAGAAGCUAUGGACUGACGGGUAUUUCACUGAUAUCGGUAAAGUUAUAGGAGGAGCAUGGUUGGGAUGGUGGAUUCAAGCUGCAGCUGCGACAUCGAACAUGGGAAUGUUUUUGGCUGAAAUGAGCAGUGAUUCUUUUCAACUUCUUGGAAUGGCUGAACGCGGGAUGCUUCCCGAGGUCUUUGCCAAGAGAUCGCGCUACGGAACUCCAUGGGUGGGGAUACUGUUCUCGGCCUCUGGUGUGAUUCUCUUGUCAUGGUUAAGCUUUCAAGAGAUUGUGGCUGCAGAGAAUCUGCUAUACUGUUUUGGAAUGGUUUUGGAAUUUAUUACGUUUGUGAGGUUAAGGAUGAAAUAUCCCGCUGCUUCAAGGCCGUUCAAGAUACCGGUAGGGGUUUUGGGAUCGAUCCUCAUGUGCAUUCCACCAACAGUGUUGAUCGGUGUCAUCAUGGCGUUUACUAACCUGAAAGUUGCAGCGGUGAGCCUUGCAGCAAUAGUGAUUGGGCUUGUGUUGCAACCUUGUCUCAAGCAAGUGGAGAAAAAGGGAUGGCUCAAGUUCUCAACCAGCUCUCACCUACCAAACCUGAUGGAUCUUUUAGUUUAUGAGUGGAAUGAACAAAUUGAGAGUGAAACUGAGACUAGUCGUCCUCUGAUUCUUUCAGAUAAAGACCAACAACAUAUACCACAAGGCAAAGAUUCUUCUGUGCAUGAAAAGAAAGUUCAGAAUCUUAAUGAGCUGGUCCGAGAUCUGAGGAGGCAGUUGUUGCGAUGCAGAAAUGAAAAUCAGGUUGAGUUGACGGAGCUAGAUACUGAGCUUGAUCAGCUGCCGAUAACAGAUCAUGUUUUCGGGCCUACGACGACUACACGCCAUGUCUAUGAUGUUGCUGCUCAGCAUGUUGUUAAUGGUGCUAUGACGGGGAUCAAUGGGGGACCAAAGAUCUCCUGGUAUAAUACCAUUAGCCGUGAAAGAUGCUUUCAGCAUUAUACAAGAGGACAAAAUUUGAGGAACAGAGAAGAUGAGCAGAAAAUUUUAUCUCAAGAGAAGAAAAUUCAGAAUCUUAAUGAGCUGGUCCGAGAUCUGAGGAGGCAGUUGUUGCGAUGCAGAAAUGAAAAUCAGGUUGAGUUGACGGAGCUAGAUACUGAGCUUGAUCAGCUGCUGGUAACAGUUACUUUUGAUGAAUACCUCGAAGCUCGAAAGAAGAAAAUGGAAGAAGCUCUUAGCAGCUUUGAUUUCAAAGAAGUUGCAGCUUCGCUUUCUGAUCCCAUCACACCAACAUUGACUCAACACCAGUCUAGUGGGUUUUCACCACAUGAUUUGUUGGCUGAAUUGUUUGAGAAAAUUAAAACCUUACCCAAAGCUGAAGUCAUCAACACAUUCUUCAGAGCUAUUGCCAUUGCCUUGCUGAGAGGUACCAUAAGGAAAGAUAAAUUGGAGAGAACUAGUGAUACUGGUAAAGCAACUAUCAAAAGAGUUGCUGCAACUCUUGGGAUUGAAAUCAGAGACAAGGGUCAAAAAACGCUUGUUCUAACUAACAAAACUUUGACUUUCUCAAGAAUGAUAGCUCUUUUCCCUCAUUUGGCUAGCCAGCUAAUUAUCUCUAAGGAGAGCCUUUUUGUCAAAAAGUUUGCUUCUUUCAUUAAUGCCAUUAGUUAUCUGCUCAAACUCAUAAGCAUCCUAUUGCUAUGCUUCACUCUGGAUUUGCUGUUCUCUCUUUUGAUCACUCCUCACGAGCAGAGAAGUUUUCAUGCAUUGUACGAGAAUCAGAAAAGAUAUAUCGAGGCUGCUCGGAAAUCUGGAUUGAUUCCUGAUGAAGAUAGGAUCGUUUACCUUUUGGCUUUUGGAUUGUUGUCUUCUGAUAGUCUUGAUAAGAUGUUGAAAGCUGCUGCAAGGGUUUCAACUUUGAGUGGAAGGCAAGAAGAAGCAAGUGUUACAAGAAGCAGCUUUACGAUCGUUGAAGAUCGGGUCAAGAUUGUAAAAGAUGAUGCAAUGUGGGAUGAGCUAUUGAAAAAAGCCAAGAGAAUAGUUGAUGCUUCAAGUUCAAUGAGGUCUCAGGUUGCUGCUGUUGACUCCUUAGAUGGAGUUUGAUUUAAUGAUUUUGCUCCCUUUAGCUUCUUUCUUUUGUUUCGUUUCAUCUGUUUUUAAGUUUAGACCUUUAUUUUCAGUUCUAAAACUCAUUUCUUUAACCAGAUUAAUGUUAAUGUUCUUACACAAUGGAGAGGGUGUCAAACUUAUGUAGGAGUGUUAUCCCAUUCCAUGGUCUUUGGUGGUUGUCACAUUUUCCUCAUUUUAGAUCCUUUUUGAGGCCCUAGAUCACACAUUCU